UCCAUCGGCACAGAGCCCUUCUCAAGUCACAGGAGCCACAUCACCUUUCUUAGACAGGACCCAUAAAAUGCUGGUAAACCAAAAACCUGUGCAAUCAUUCGCUGUCAUGGUCCUCCUCAUCUUCACCAUCGGCCAGUGUCAGGAGAGCCAGAGUCGGAGAGCGGUAACAGAACACCAGCUGAUGCAUGACCGCGGCCGCACCAUUCAGAGCUUAAAGAGACUCAUCUGGCUGUCCAGCGCUAUCGAAGGCCUCCACACCGCCCAGACACGCUCCUUGUUAAGUUCACCAAAAUCACUCAGCCUGGGUCUAAAUUCGGCCAUGCUGGCCAAUGCCGGUGGAAGUGCCAAGUCUACUGGGGUGGAAAGCCAACAUAAGGUGGCAGUGGAAAGCCUGUAGAGAGAUUUUUUUGAUCCCUAUCUGACACCACUCCCCGAACGAGAAGCAUAGCAUGUCUGUCAAGCAUAUAUGGUUUAGUGCACAUGUAUAAACAGU